AUGUCUGCAAAGAGGCAAAGAACUUCCAAUGGCACUGCCGCUGUCGCCCAGAAUGGAAAUGCUGCAUUGAAUGGAGACCAUUACACUGCAGCUUCAGAUAUCAACGAUGAUCCUGAUCGCGUCAAGUUCGCAUACUGGGUUCCAAAUGUCUCAGGCGGACUGGUUAUUUCAAAGAUCCCACAGCGAACUGGUUGGGACUACGAAGCAAACGUGAGGUAUGCGCAAACAGCUGAGAAUGUCGGCUUUGAGUAUGCGCUGUCACAAAUUCGCUUCAUGGCAGGAUAUGGAGCUGAAAAUCAACAUGAAUCUGUCUCAUUCUCACAAGCUCUCCUACACGCCACAAGGAAACUCAACGUAAUCGCCGCACUCCUCCCAGGACCCUGGAAUCCCGCAGUAGCAGCCAAGCAAAUCGCCAGCAUCGAUCAUUACACCAACGGUCGCAUCUCCGUGAACGUCGUGUCCGGCUGGUUCAAAGCAGAAUUCACCAGCAUCGGACAAUGGUGGCUUGAACACGCAGAGCGAUACCGCCGGAGUAGAGAAUUCAUUGAAUGUCUACGAGGGAUCUGGACAGAGGAAAAGUUCACUUUCAAAGGCGACUUCUACCAAUUCCACGACUAUCCACUCUCGCCCAAACCCCUCUCCUUACCUGGUCGUCCCCAUCCUCUGAUCUUCCAAGGAGGUAAUUCAAUUGAUGCGAGGGAUAAUGGCGCGAAUGUCUCGGAUUACUACUUCAUGAACGGGAACACACUUGAAGGCUUCCAGGAACAAAUCGCGGACGUGAAAGACCGCGCUGCGAAAGCCGGCCGAUCAGGAGAAGUCCGCUUCGCAGUCAACGGCUUCGCAAUCGUCAAAGAAACAGAAGCAGAAGCCAUCCAACUCCUCUCCGAAAUCCAAGGCAAAGCCGAUAAAGAAGCUGUACAAGCAUUCGGCGACGCCGUCAAACAGGCCGGCUCAUCAACAAGUAAUAAGAAGGGCAUGUGGGCUGAUAGCAAGUUUGAGGAUCUGGUGCAGUAUAAUGACGGGUUUAAAACGAAGCUGAUUGGGACGAAGGAGCAGGUUGCGGAUCGGAUUUUGCUGUUGAAGAGUUUGGGGAUUGAUAUUGUGCUUUUGGCGUUUUUGCACUAUGAGGAGGAUAUUGAGGCGUUUGGGAGGGAGGUUUUGCCGCUUGUGAGGAGGUUGGAGGCGGAGGGGAGGGGGAAGAAUGUUGAGGAGGAGAUUGAGAGGACGGGAGAGGUCUAUAGGGCGAAAAAGGUGGCGAAGGAUUGA